AUGGCAGCUACAGUAAAACAAGCUUUAACACAUGAUCAACUUUGGGAAGUUUUAACGGACAAACCGGUUGAAUCCUCUACGCCGGAAGUUGUACAGCGUUAUCGAAAUUACACAUCGCCCAAUGUCGCACAACCCCGCGUGCACCCCGGACGUGCCUAUGAUCCAACGCAUCGCGAGAAAACACACGGCGAUGUCGGCAACAUCGGUAACGAGAAAAACGGUGAAAUCAUCAAUCCAAAACCAAUUACAAAUUUCGAAAACCGCUUGUUUAAUCUAAAUGAACUUGUCUACGAAAGAAAUAGACAAAGACUGAAGCAAGAAAAAUUGUUGCCAUCGACUGUCGAUCGAUAUAAAACGACAUUUGGAAUGCCGACAGCGUCGAGUGAGAGAGCAGGUGAUAUUGUCAAUCCAGCGAAAUCCCAUGCAGAAAUCGAAUUCGAUUACGAACAACCACGAAGCAUGUACGUCUUUAGUCACAAAGAUUACGAACCAGGUGAACAAGUUGAUCGUAAUUAUCAAAAUAGUGAAUCGAUUCGUAGACUGACCCAUGGCGUUCCGACACCAGUAUAUGCUGAUGGUCGACAUGCUCGUGAAGCAUUAAUAUGGAAUCGUUCGCAUCAUACGACACCAGUUGUUUCGGAUAUUGUCAAUGAAUUCGAUGAAUCGCGUAGUGACAAUGCAGUCAUACGCACACGUCGUUUUCUUGCCGAGACUGGUUUACCAAUCGACCAUCGUUUUGGUUUAACGUCUACAUCGGAUCGUCUAUCAGCAGGUGAAAUAAUUCAUCAACGUAUGAAUGUUCCAGCUGCAUUUGAUCAAAAAUCUCAAGCUGCGAUAUCAAAAUUACGCACUCAGUUAUGUUCACUUCAUAUGCAAACAUUCAAAACUCAGUUACAAGCGUUUCAAUAUUAUGAUACAAAUCAAGACGGUCUUAUCUCAGUUCAAGAGUUAACCAAUACGAUCGGAAGAAAUUUUAAUCUUCGAGUUUCCGAUGGAGUCAUCGAUGCUCUCAUGCAACAAUGUGAUCAGGAUCGUGAUGGACGAUUGAAUUUUCUUGAAUUUAGUAACUUUCUCUGCUAUCGCACAGGACACGCUAGUGGUCUUGAACAAUUCAUCGACGAAGAGAAGAAGAGAAACAACACAACAAAUUUUAUUGGUACAAUCAAAGAUAAUCAAGGUCGACCGAUUCUGAACGUCGCUGAUCUUAUUGAAGGUUCAGAUGGAAAAUAUUAUCCACGAAAGCUCGUUUCACAAAUUGACGAAAUGGUACCCGAUGGUUGGAAGACAAGUUACGAUAAAAUCAACGAAGCACCUUUCCGUCUCGAACCUGUGGUUAAACGUCAAUAUGGUUUACCAUCGCUUCCAGUCAACGAUCAGUAUGUAAUGGGGACGCCAAGCCUUAGAAACCGAGCACCCAUUGGAGCGAAUACAAUCGUCGGUGCUCUGUUAUCACCGUCGGUUUGGAGUGAUCGUGGUUUAACAGAAGAUGAUUUAUUAAUUCCAAGAACUAUGGAAGAAAUCCGGGAUUUAUUUGCUAAUGCCAACGUCUAUGUGUCCGGCGAAGAUUUCGUCUACGCUUGGACAACUGCAGCUGCUACGAAUCAGUACGGACAAGUCAGUGUCGCAACAUUCAAAAAAGCGCUCGAUGAUAAAAAUCGCUCAUUGGGAAAGUUUGAAGUUGUCUAUGCUUAA